CAACAGCAUCAGCAUCAGGCAUCCGCAUCCGCAUCCGCAUCAGCAGCGGCGACACUGCGCGAUUGUUCUGUCAAAUUGCCGCUGGACAUCCUCUGGUUGCCCAAGUCAGCGAUGCGACCCGUUGGCGCCGAUGCCUCGCAUUCGGACUGCAUUCUGGUCGUUGGCGUCUCCCGUCCAAAGCUGGCCGUUGUCUUUCUAACGGUCAUGCUGAUCUCAUUGUUUCUCACGUUUCACGUGCUGUACGACAGCGCCGUCUACAACAUACAGGCAGCACAGGCGGUGCACGAACGGCACCGUCUCUCGCUGGCCGCAUCGGCAUCGGCCGCCGCCUAUACCGCAUCGAAUGCCAAUCAUUUGCCCGUGUUUGUGAAGCCCGUGGCCAGCUCGAAUCAGCUGAGUCAUCCCAUGGUGUUUCCCUCCAGCCGCGUACACUUCCCCAAGACCAGUCGACGUCUGCCCCAGGCCCUGAUAAUUGGCGUACGCAAGUGCGGCACUCGGGCCCUGCUCGAGAUGCUCUAUCUGCAUCCGCGCAUCCAGAAGGCGGGCGGCGAGGUGCACUUCUUCGACCGCGAUGAGAACUAUCUGAGGGGCCUGGAAUGGUAUCGCAAGAAGAUGCCCCACUCGUUUCGAGGCCAAAUCACCAUCGAGAAGAGUCCCAGCUACUUUGUCUCACCGGAGGUGCCAGAACGUGUGCGUGCCAUGAAUGCUAGCAUCAAAUUGCUCUUGAUUGUCCGUGAGCCGGUGACCCGAGCCAUCUCGGACUACACGCAGUUGCGUAGUCAUGCGGCCACAGCGAUAUUGCCGCUAGCAGAGAGCAAUGCACCUGGCUCGGGCUACGGUGCCAAGAUGCCGCCUACGGCUGGAGCCUCGCUCUAUGCCAAACUGCAGUCGGCCCAUGGCCCCUAUGACAAUGCCCUGGGCAGCGGUGCAGGCGCCAAGGAAACCAAGCUGAGAACAGCAAGCGGAGCUAAAAGACGUGCGGCUCCAGGGGCUGCAACAACAAUGAGCACGCCCACCACCACGCCCAGUGCAGCGCAGUUGGCGGCAAAAUCCUUUGAGGAGCUGGCCAUAUUCCCGAAUGGCACUGUCAACGAGGCCUAUCGUCCCCUGAGCAUCUCCAUGUAUCAUGUGCACUUGCAUCGCUGGCUGGAGGUGUUUCCGCGCGAGCAGCUGCUGAACCAUUGGGAGGAACUGUUGGAAACAACGCCAAUACGCAGCGAUGAGGAAUGGACGAAUGCGAAAGACUAUUCAGACCUGCCGGGGCCAGGUGCUUUACGUCUACUAUCCUACUUUCUACCAGGCGGUAAACUGCACAACACGAACCUCGUACAAAUGAAUCGUCGCAUGCGUGAGUGGUACGGCGAUAUAUAUCGACUGCCCGGCUUGAUGGGAAAAACUGACGUUGUGUUCACUUACAACCCCAAAGACUUUGAGGUUACCUACAGAAAUGAAGGCUUGUGGCCUAUACGCAUAGGUCUAGAGACCUUUACCUACUAUCGCAAAGUGGUUCGCCCAGAUGUUUUUGGCGGCAUUGGCGGACUAGUAUCCGAACAAGGCAAAUCCUGGGCAGAAUUUCGAAAUAAGGUGAAUCCGGUGUUGAUGAAAGUGCAAAAUGUCAGACAGAAUCUGCCGCAAAUCGAUCAAAUUUCCAAGGAAUUCAUAGAGAAAUUGGAAACUUUACGUGAUCCAGCAACUCACACCCUGAACGCUGACUUUCAUGAGCAGCUCAAGAGCUGGGCCUUUGAGGCGAUUAGUUUUGUGGCUCUAAAUACUCGCAUGGGUUUACUGAGCGAUCAGCCCGAUGCGAAUGCCGCACGCUUUGCAGAGCAUAUGACGGACUUCUUCAACUAUAGCUUCAAGUACGAUGUACAGCCAUCGGUUUGGCCGUAUUACAAGACGCCGGAGUUUAAAAAAUUCCUUAAGACCUACGAUCAUAUUACUGAGAUUACGACUAACUAUAUAGAGGCGGCCAUCGAGCGAUUUAAGCAUGAAGAGCAACCGGAUAAUAAAUGCGUUCUGCAGCAGCUGUUGGCUAUCAAUAAACAGGUGGCUGUGGUCAUGGCCAUGGAUAUGCUAAUGGCUGGCAUAGAUACGACAUCUUCAGCCUUUGUGACCAUUCUCUAUCAUCUCGCUUGUAAUCCCGAGAAGCAAUCACAGCUGCAUCGCGAGCUGCAACGGACUUUGCCCAGCCCCGAUGAUGCUUUGACCUUGGAGAAUACCAAAAACCUGCCCUAUCUGCGCGCCUGCAUCAAGGAGGGUCUGAGGAUUACGUCCAUAACGCCGGGCAACUUUCGCAUUACCACCAAGGAUCUGGUGCUAUCCGGCUAUCGUGUACCGCGCGGCACGGGCAUUCUCAUGGGCGUACUGGAGCUCUCCAAUAGCGACGAAUACUUUGCGAGCAGUGCGCAAUUUGUGCCCGAGCGUUGCCUCAAAUCGGACAUAAAUGUGGAGACGAAGGUGUGUCCGGAGGCACGUAAUCGGAACCCGUUCGUUUAUUUACCCUUUGGCUUUGGACCACGCACAUGCAUAGGCAAACGCAUCGCUGAGCUGGAAAUUGAGACGCUGCUGGCCCGGCUGCUGCGGCGCUACAAGGUCAGCUGGCUGGCAGAGACGCCGCUGCAGUAUGAAAGCACAAUUAUCCUCUCCCCACGUGGGGACAUACGGUUCAAAUUCGAGCCGCACUCUGAUUAAAGAAUUGAUGACAAAGCUGUGCAUUUGCGGCGUGAUUGGAUGCUGACAACCCCAAGAGCGACCUGUACUACCUCUAUAAGUAAAUAGCUAGGUAGAACUGACACCGUCUGACAUCGCGUCUCUCAGCUCAUGGCCAAUGCGCUAUAUAUUGAAUAUUCAUAUUCAUAUUUCUAUUCGCAUUAUCAGCCAGCAGCAUCGUGUCGCAUCGCACUUUUCAUACACUUAAAUGCAAA